CCCCUCCCUCUCCUCGCCGCUGUCCUCUUCUCUGCUGAACGCUGAUGUGUAACUAACGUCUGUCUGCAAUUCCAGAAAAAUGUUCAACCUCGGAUCAAAAUUGCUGUUGCUCUUUCUUUUGGCCUUUCCCUGCGGAUUGAUCUCCAUUGGCCACGCCUCCGCAGAGCCAGACUCUGCUGAGGACAUCGCUGAGGAUGCUGACGCUGCUGUAGACGAGGAGGAAGAUGAUGAAGAGGUUCUUGUUGAGGAAGAUCAGAUGCAAACCUCGGAGGGAGACGAAGACGAGACAGAUGAAGCUGCUGAUAAACUGGUGACUUCUCACCCUGAUGCCGACACAACCAUCCUCUUCACCACAGGAGAAGAGUUUCCUGCCAAUGAGAUUGUGAGGUUCCUGGUGGGUUUCUCCAACAAGGGGAGUCAGGAUUUCACUGUUCAGUCGCUGGAGGCUUCCUUCCGUUACCCCCAAGACUUCCAGUUCUACAUUCAGAAUUUCACAGCUUUGCCUCUGAACACUGUGGUGCAGCCUCAGGCUCAGGCUUCCUUUGAGUAUUCUUUCAUCCCCGCUCAGCCCAUGGCCGGUCGUCCUUUUGGUCUCGUUAUCCUCCUCAACUAUCUUGACCCCGAGGGUAACGGGUUCCAGACUGCCAUCUACAACCAGACUGUCACUAUCAUUGAGAAAGAAGAGGGUCUGGAUGGAGAAACGAUGUUCAUGUACGUGUUCCUGGUUGGACUGGUGGCUCUGAUGGUCUUUGCAAUGUACCAGGUCCUGGAGUCGAGGACGAAAAAGAGAAUCUCUGUGAAAAUAGAGAAGGGCACAGGUGGCAUCAAUGAUGUGGACAUCAGCUGGAUUCCUCAGGAGACUCUCAAUGUCAUGAACAAGGCCUCGCCGAAAACAUCUCCAAGGAAACGAACCAAGAGAGCAGCUGGAACGGAUCAAUAAAACUGUCCAUUUUCCAUUCGUCGUCAUACUGUCCAUCAGGCCAUCAAUUCAUUUCCUCACCACAGUAACCAGAUUCCCAUUCAUAAUGGAUUUCUGGAAUGAAAAUUUCAGCCCCGACCAGUCAGAUUAAGAUGUUUUAUAGAUGCCGGCCUCUCAGUUUGAUUUCCCUGCUGCAUCACGAGCAGAAAACACCCCAGACUCCACAGCUCUGCUCAGUGUGGCUGUUUAGACUCUAACUGGACUGAUCUGCAAUUCAUUUGUAAAUGUGUGUGUGUGUGUGUGUGUGUGCAAGCAUGUGUAUGUAUGUGAAACCAAUGAGUCAUUAAAGUGGUGGAACAAUAAAAAGGGAUGUGGCACAAAGUGGCACAAAGGGAAAGUUUAAAAACAUCCAUAAUUGAAUCAAAUGAUGUGUACUGUGUAAUGACUGUGACGCCCCCUGCAAACAAAAGUGAAAAUAGAUACAAGUGAUUCAAAGGUUUCCCACCGUUAAACCCUCCCCAGGUUUGUAAACCUUUGAGUUUCAUGUGUGAUUUAUGUUCUCUGGGGUCAACGGCAGCUGCAAGUACAACGUACGGCGUUAUAACUAACAGUGUUAGAACAGUGAGGCUCAGUGGAGCGUUUCACACUCAUGAGGAUCGUAAUAAUAAUAACAAUAAUAAUAAUAAUAAUAAUGGUGCAGUCUCUCAGGUUGCGUGACAUUAUUUUUGAUGAAAAAAUAAAAACCAUGAACAAA